GCCUGCACUCGCGAAAUUUCAAUUCGAUCGUUAAUCUUGCACAUUCGAUCAGUCAACAGAGCGACCGAGGAACCACAAGGCAAUCCAAAUGCCCGAUUCAUAUUCAGUUGUGCUUCUCUUACGCUGCGUGUUGUUCGUCGACGGGUGUGCAUCCCGAGUUCGAAAAGGGCGAAAGUAAACUGCAGUCUCGCAUUGGCGUUGAUAAAAGCAAAGAUUAAGGAUAUUAUUUGUGGUAGAUUUGAGAAAAAUGUCUAAGAUUCUCUCGUUUAUUGCUCUGCUCCCGCCGAUUUUUAAAAUACUCUUCCUGCUGCAGUACCUCAGUCUCAUUAACGGUGAAUAUGUGUCGCACUAUAAUACAGCGGUGCUGCAGCACUGCUCAGCAAUCGAUGUUAAGGAUAAAAUUAUGGAGCUCCAGUGCUAUGCCAAAUGCGCGGCCGACGGCGCGAGAACAGUGCCAGAGUUGGACUCACAAGUCUGCUAUCAACAAUGCCGUAAAACAAUCCAUCGUGAACCGCGGCGGGGUUUAUGCCCCAGCAAGCAGGACUUCACAACGCAGGAAGUUUCACCCAUCCAACGUCUUUCCUGCCUCGACAACUGUGUCUAUGACGCGGAUUGUCCGGUUGUUCAGAAAUGUUGUGACAUUGGUUGCGGGCCCGUCUGUGUGGAUGCACUGGGCAUUCGUGAAGAUGCCUUGCUGCCGCCAAUACCGAAAAUUUUGAAAUAUAAAUUGACACGCGGCAAUAAGGUGGAGCUCACUAUUGAAUCAUCAGCCAAUUCCACUUACUACUGCCAUGUGGAAGUGCGUUAUCACUUUGGUGUGUCUUUUGCGGAGCGUAAGCUUAGUGCAUGGCAAUGCCAGUUGGUAGAAAAGAUUGCCGAGAUUUCUGUUGGUCAUAGUAAAAGAAUUGAUAUCUCCUUUAAUCUGAAACCGGGUCAUUGGUACCAAGCGCGCGUUGCAGCCAUAAAUGCUUAUGGCUUCCGCGGAUAUUCCGAACCUUCUGCGGAGUUCCGCCUAAUACAUCAUCCCAAGCCACCGAAGUCUCCUGCAGAUUUGCAAGUUGCCGCUGCCGCUUUUGAUGGCCGUCAUUAUAAACUGAAAAUAACUUGGUGUCCAUCGAAAUCGAACUUACCCAUUGAAAAAUAUAAAAUCAUUUGGUCGCUUUAUGUGAGAAAUAAGGAUGAAUCGGUGAUAACGAAUGAAGCCUACGUGAAGGAUACUCACCAAUUCGAAAUCACAGAUCUUCUACCAGAGUCCAGCUACUACAUUCAAGUGCAAUCCAUGUCCAUCAAUGGCAGUCGUCGUUUAAAAUCCGACAAGUGCUCGAUACUUUUCAACACAACUCAACCAACCAUGCCUUAUAAGGCGCUCAAGUGCUCUCAUCAAGUUCACGAGCAUGGCCAACAACAAAAUGUUGCUAACAAUAGCUAUAGUAAUUAUAUCGCAAGAUCCUUAGAAGCAUCACAACAACCAACAACAGUGGCGCUAGCCAACAAUGGUGGAUAUGAGGUGAAUUAUCGACUGAGUCGUAAAUUUGGUAUGAUUGUUCAAAUAACAGGAUUCUUACCAUAUAAAGAGAAGGUCUAUGAGUUGUGCCCGAAAGAGAGUAACUGUGAGCAACGGGAAUAUAGCGCUAUACGUGUGAAGCACGAUGCUAUAGAAGUGAAUACUCUGAAAUUUGACACAACGUACGUGCUGAAAGCCUACAGAGCCAAUUCUUAUGGCGGCGAGCCAACAACAACAUUGAAUGGAUCUUUCACAUUCACUACGCCAAAAUGUGAGAGCUUCCGCAGUCGAUUUCCUAAAGUGGGAUUGCAAUGCUAAGCGAAAUCUUUUAUUUAGUAUUGUUUUUUUAUUUGUAUCAAAAUUUGUAUGUAUGUAUGCAUGUAUCUGUAAGUAAGUUUUUGUAAUUAUCGUGCUCCAGCAUAUAAUGUACAUAUGUAUAUGUAAGUACACCUAAGCCGAACAAGAUAUAUUUAAAAUUUUAUUUUGUAAUCUUUUUCAAUAUAAGCGGAACCGGAGAUGUGAAAGCAA